CAAGAACAAAUAUAAUGUCCAAAAUCUUCAAGUCCAAAGACUCCAUCAUAAUGGCCCCAAAUUCGUCGUCCUCGUCGUCCCCGUCGUCGACACUGUUCAUCUCGUGCCUUAUCUCCCUCUGGUACUCGACCAACAUCGGCGUCCUCCUCCUCAACAAAUUCCUCCUCUCAAACUACGGCUUCGCCUACCCGAUAUUCCUCACUGUUUGCCACAUGUCCGCCUGCGCCAUCCUCAGCUACGUCUCCAUCAAGUUCCUCAAAAUCGUGCCCCUCCAGCGGAUCAAGUCCCGAUCCCAGCUAGCCCGCAUCGCCACCCUUAGUGUCGUCUUUUGCGCCUCCGUCGUCGGCGGAAACGUCUCGUUGAAGUACUUGGCCGUCUCGUUCAAUCAGGCCGUCGGCGCCACCACGCCUUUCUUCACGGCGCUCUUCGCGUACCUCAUGACGAGGAAGAAGGAGGCUUGGGCUACUUAUACUUGCCUCGUGCCGGUUGUGACCGGCGUUGUUAUUGCCAGCGGGGGAGAGCCAAGCUUCCAUUUAUUUGGCUUCACCAUGUGUAUAAGCGCGACGGCAGCGCGCGCAUUCAAGUCUGUUCUUCAGGGCGUUCUUCUUUCCAACGAGGGGGAGAAGUUGAACUCGAUGAAUUUGAUGCUAUACAUGGCCCCAAUCGCGGUCAUUGUCCUCCUCCCGGCAGCACUUAUAAUGGAGCCAAAUGUUGUGAGUGUAGUUAUAGCGCAAGGGAUAGAGGACAAGUACAUGUUACUGCUUCUCUUCAUCAACUCCUCAAUGGCUUACGGCGCUAACCUUUGCAAUUUCUUGGUCACUAAGCACACUAGCGCUCUAACUCUUCAGGUCCUUGGAAAUGCGAAAGGGGCCGUGGCUGUAGUCAUAUCCAUAUUGAUUUUCCGCAACCCGGUAACAUUCAUCGGAAUUGCUGGAUACACCAUGACUGUAAUGGGAGUCGUUGCGUAUGGCGAAUCCAAGAGAAGAUACAGUUGACAUUUCUCGCCGGGCAUCGAGCAAGUGAGCGUAUUGAUUAAUUAAUUUUUGUGUUAUAAUUUGUAACGAAAGAUAAUUUUUUGAUUCAUUUAUAUAUAGAUAUAUAUAUAUAUAUAUAGUUAGCGGUCAUGUAUAUGUAUUUGUAUGUCCAUUUUCUUACAUGUUUGGAAGGAAAUA